AUGAUGGAACACGCUGGACUGGGAAAGAGCUACUGGGGUGAAGCAGUGAUGACGGCGAUGUUUCUUCGAAACCGCUGUCCAACACGUGCCAUUCACCAAGACAAGUCUCCAUAUCAAGUGUGGACGAUGAAGAAACCGAUUCUGGCCAACCUUAAAGUGUUUGGAUGCCACGCGUAUGUUCAAGUGCCUCAAGACAAACGCGCGAAGUUCGACUCCAAGUCAUCACUCUGUCGUUUCCUGGGAUACGCCGAACACCAGAAGUCAUAUCGAUUUGAGGAAGUGUCAACAGGAGCGAUCAAGAUCAGUCGCGAUGCCACAUUCAUGGAAGACAAGUUUGAUGAAGGUCCGCGCAACUACAACGAUGAGUCAAGUGUCGUUGAGUUUGAUGAUCAUGAUGAGGACGAAGAAAAGAAGAAGAGCAACAUCAAGAGACAUACGCGCACUCAAUCACUUGAGAAAGCUACCGUCAUUCCAAGUCCCAAGCGAAGAACAUACAGAGGUCCGUCGCUUGAGCAUGUGUCAGCGGCUGCAAUGGAUUUUGAAGCAGCCUACAUCGUUGAUUCAGUGGGGGAAACGCCGACUACAUUCAAGUCGGCGAUGGAAUCAAGCGACUCCGGCAAGUGGAAAGAAGCGUGUGACUCGGAGUUCGAUUCGCUUCAGAGAAACGACACGUGGGAAAUCGUGCCUCUUCCGAAAGGUCGCAAGGCCAUCGGGUGCCGAUGGGUUUUUCGUGUAAAGGAGAAUCAAGAUGGCGAAGUUGAACGUUUCAAGGCAAGACUUGUGGCCAAAGGAUUCUCACAGAAAUUCGGAGUUGACUAUGAAGAAACUUUCGCACCGGUGGCCAAGUUCACAUCGAUUCGUGUGGUGCUCAGUAUGGCGGCUAAGUACGGCCUAAUGCUACAUCAGAUGGACGUCAAGACAGCGUUUCUUAACGGCUCCCUCAACGAAGACAUCUACAUGGACCAGCCGGACGGAUACCUGGAUGCAACACAGCCGGACUAUGUGUGCAAGCUAAAGAGAUCACUCUACGGCUUGAAGCAAUCGCCUCGCAUGUGGAACCAAACAAUCGAUGGGUUCAUGAUCAAGAUGGGAUUCAAGAAGUGCGAAUCGGACCACUGCAUCUACAUCAAGCGAGACGACCAAGACAUGAUUCUCGUGGUGCUCUACGUCGAUGAUCUCAUCCUGGCCAGCAGCAACAACGAACUCCUCAAGUCGACCAAGAUGGCGCUGAGCAAACGCUUCGAAAUGACGGAUCUCGGUGAGCUCGAUUACUUUCUCGGCAUGGAGAUCAAGAACGACCGUAAGACGGGAAUGGUGACUGUGCAACAAACCAAGUUUCUCAAGUCCGUGUUAACCAAGUUCCGGAAUGGAUAA